UGUGGAUGUUGCCGCAGCCGUGACGAGACCUGCUAUUGCGCGUGCGCAUAAUCCUCACUGCCCAUCUUCUCACAGCUUCCCUCACUACCCGCGCCUCUUCAUCUGUCCGGUGCCCUGGGGUCCGAGCUCUGGAGCCAGAUCCCGACACGUCGACCGCGCUGUUGCCGACCCCCGACGCCGCAUGCCCACGCUCAGUAAAGACUCACUAAGACGCAACAUCGCCGCGACGAGACCUUAACAUACGUCUGUCAUGGCCUGGCAGUCGCCUUCGGCCAUGAACGGCGGCGGUGCCAAUGGAGGGGGUGACGGCAAUGCGCCUGCGGGGACAGAGUACACAUUGCAGGGUGUUAUGCGAUUUCUACAGCUAGAAUGGCACAACCAUGAACGAGCACGCAAUGCAUGGGACAUCGAGCGCGCCGAGAUGAAGGCCAAGAUCGCGAAACAGGAGGGCGAGGUGCGGAGCGCGAAGAAGCUGAAUGACCAGCUAAACAAGCAUAUUCGGAUGCUGGAGCAGGCACUUACCAACGAGAGAAAGAAGAAGAGCGAGGCAGCAGGAGGCGACUCUGAGGCCGGAGCAGAUGACAAGAAGGAUCUCAAAGGCAAGAAGGGUGGCGUAAAUUCCACCAAGCCCCAAAACAAGAAGCACAACUCCUUCCUCGACGUUGACUCGGAGUUCUUUGACCGCGCAGAAGCCGACCGCGAGAACCUCAGAGAGAAAUCCAAGCUCUACCUUACGAAAUGCGUCGAAGAAAUCACAUACCUCCUUACUCCGCCCCCGCAAGCCUCGCAACAACAACAGAACCUACAGCCGCUUGCUAAUGGCAACGGCUACUUGAACCACGGCGAGGCCUCGAUGGAAGAUAUCUACCUACAACAACACCGCCAGAGGCUGCAGUCACAACUCCCCACCAUGCCAGGCACGUCCAUGCCUACUCACCAGCCCCCGAACGUGCCAGUCCCUUCUGAACUUCAAAGCUUAGCCAACCAACAUCAAAUCCAUCACGCGCCACAGAUGACACGAGAACCCUCACAGCAACAACCCCUUGCGCAGAACGCUAGUAUGGCUCAGGAACUUCUUGGACAGCAACGUCAGCCCCAGAAUCAGCAGCAUUAUUCGUCGGUACCCGAAGAGCAGGUCGAAAAGGUGACACAUGCGUUCGAUAGCGAAGGACGCCAAAUACCAAUUGCUGAGGAAAACGCUUCGGAUUCCAGCCAGGCUGCCAACCAGGAGAAAGAGACAGAUGAUUGGAUUUUCGACCCCGCAUCGGAGACAGCUCAGGAGGGUCCACCCAGACGGCCAGACACCGAAGAAUUUCCAUCGGCGAAUAGCAUCCCAGCAAAAUCGCCACCGCGCCCUGUAAAGAGGGCCAGCAAAGACCACGUCAGACGACUGAGUAAUGAUCAGAAAGCUCAACAAGCAGUAGCCCAGCAAGCAGCGAAGACUGACCCGCAAAGUUUCAAAGUCCGAUUUGCACUUCGCGGCCAUCUCGAUGUGGUACGAUCAGUCAUUUUCACUGGUGGUGGCAGUCCCAGUGAGCCAGAGAUUUGCACAGCGGGAGAUGACGGCAUGAUCAAAAGAUGGAUGAUACCCGCAAGUUAUGCAAACCAGCACAGCAUGAACAAUGAUCUAGACAUUCAGCCAUUCUGGUCACAUCGGGGUCAUGAAGGUACCGUUACAUCUUUAGCAGCCUGCCCUGCUUCUGCUCAUUUUGCCACCGGAGGAAGGGUCUCUGGCGAUGGCUGGAUAUUUUCGGGUGGUCAGGAUGCUACGAUCCGCGUAUGGGAACGAGGCCGAGUUGACCCAAAGGCCACCCUUGAAGGGCACACCGAUGCCGUCUGGACUGUAUGCGUUCUCCCUACCACCUGUGCUAAUCUGUUCGGCUCCGAUAGCAGCAAGUACGGAGGACCAGACCGUGUCAUACUCGCUUCCGGAUCUGCAGACGGUACUAUCAAGAUCUGGGCUGUAAGUGCGCCGCCUCAACUGGUCUCACCGCAGACAAACUCUCGUCGUGGUGUUGGAGGCAGCCGGAGACACUCGGUCACAUCUGGAUCGAACCACCCGUCUUCACCGCAGCCCAGCAUCGCUACCACGACACCAUUUCAUUACAUGUUAAUACAUACCAUCGAGCGUGACACGCACCCUUCGCCUACGUGCAUCAGCCCACUUUCCCCUACUGGAGAAAACUUUGUUGUCUCCUUCUCUGACGCAUCAAUCUUGGUGUAUGACACGAGGACCGGCGAGGAGCUGAUCGGUAUGGCCAGUAACGAAUCUUACGAUGGAACCCCAGCGACUGGUAUCACAUCAGUUGUGACAAGCUCGCAGUAUCUCGAAAGUGCGUCACAGGAGGCUGGCCGAGGCGGUUCAGACGAGGAAGGCAUACAUGGCCCGACUGGCUCCGCUAACGGCGGCCUGGAGGGUGUUAUAAUCAGUGGGCACGAAGACCAUCUCAUCAGGUUCUUCGAUGCCAACUCUGGACAAUGUACAUAUAGCAUGCUUGCACACCCUGCAGCUAUUUCUUCGUUAUCGCUCAGCAAGGACGGCCGAGAAGCCGUAUCUGCUGGACAUGACGCCUCUAUCCGAUUCUGGUCACUCGACAAGCGCAUAUGCACACAAGAAAUCACCGCACACCGCAUCAUGCGCGGUGAAGGUGUGUGCAGCGUUGUCUGGAGCCAGGAUGGUCGUCUCGUCGUCUCAGCAGGCGGUGAUGGCAUAGUCAAGGUAUUCGCAAGGUAGUAUCUUGCAGAGCCGAUAGUAGCUACGACUUCUCCUCGCAUUUCCGAGCCUCCGCCGUUUCGCGUGAACUAUUGGCAUUUUUAGCUGGACAUACCCCCUGAUUUGAGCGUGUGUAUAUGGACACGUAGUUUGAUCGAGAUGGGCAAAGGAAAGGCAUGAUUGAUGGAUAUCUUCUGAUGGCGGACCAUGGUAAUCUCUCAUUAUCUUCUUGAUGCGCCUUCAUGGGUGGGCGUGCAUUCGCUGGCGCGGUGUGUUUAUGUUAACUUCCCAGC